AUGAACCAAUGGGGUAAAUUUUUCAUAGAGGGUGGGAAGAAAUUAGGUCGCACAUUCACUAUCAUUGAUGACGAUUUACAGCCAAAGGGAAUCACGGAUGCUGGGUUCACGAACGUCCAGACAUGGGACCUCAAGGCCCCUAUUGGCGCUUGGCCCAAAGACCGACGCCUGAAAGAGAUUGGCCAGUUCGCCCAGGCGGCCUUGGAACAAGAUUAUGAAGGCUAUGUCUCAUACAUGGCAAACAUAGUACUUGGUUGGUCUAUGGAUGAGGUCAGGGUUUAUUGCGCACACCUCAGGCGCGAGAUUCGAUCAGCUAAAUACCACGUGUUCUACCGACAAAGGGUCGUAUGGGCGCAAAAGCCGGAGUAG